UCCGACUUUUUCUCGUAUUCAUAUAUCAUUAAAAAAAAGUGUGUUAUUUGUUGAACUUUUGAACAUUAUUAGAUAAAAAUUUUUUUUAUCUGAAUAAUGGAUAACGUUCGAAAGAUAUUAAUAAAAAAAAUUCUACACGAAUGUAACAGUAAUAAAAUACACGUUACCUAUGAUAUAGUUUCCUUCUUGCUAUCUCUGACACAAUUAAAUCCAAUUUAUCAAUUGAUCGACGGCGACGACGACGAGAACGAGAUAAGUCAUAGAAAAUUGAUCGAUAUAAUAAAAGAAAAAUUGCAAGAUCAAAAUAGAUCAAGUUUAACGACAUUGAAGAAUCAAUUAUAUUAUGCUAAACAUUAUCGUGAAAGAGAUGAGAUAAUCAAAAAACAUAGGAUAAGUCUUCAUCGUAAAACGACGCCAUUGGUUACUGAAAUUUGUGAAACGGAAAAAGUCGAGAAUGAUCAUGAAAUGGAGAAACUCUAUCAGAAAAUAAUCAUAGUUAUUACACUUUUAAGUGGUCUCGGUAAUCCUGCUGUAACGAACACUUUACGAGAAGUAACAGCUACGUUGCAAAGUGUAUUUCAACCAUCCGAAUUGUCACAUUAUGUGAAACUUCCUAAACAGGAAAAAGAAGAACAACUUAUGGAAUUGAUGUGUAUAGUUGCCGGUAUACGUUUAUUUAAUCGAGAUUGCGAACGUGGCGGAAAAGAAAUCGAUAAUCUUCCGAGUAUUUUACAAGAUGCCGUUAAGAAAACGUACGAUGAUAUCCUUGAAUUAUUGGAACGAUUAAUGACGAAAAUUUAUGAAUUUACUGCGACGAUAGAGAAUAUCAUUUCUUUCGUUUCGAUCGACGAGGAUUACGACGACAUUUGUUACUCGAGUGUAAAAAAAAUUAUUUUACCUGAAAACAUCAAGGAAGAUAAUUACGAACGAGUUGUCGAAAUUUUAACGACGUCGCGCCAACAAGAGAUAUAUAUCAGAAAAUUACUUUCCGACGUGGAACACAGUGGUAACAUUAUAAAAAAUUUAAUAGAACGUCUUCAACAACGUUUGAUGAGACUUCAUGAAACGAUGCGUUACAGGACAGCCAUUCCAACGACUCAAGUCUAUCCACAGUUCAUUGACCUAGCGGAUAUAUGGAUGGGAUUGCAGGAUGAAGUGAUAAUAUUAAGUAAUAUUAAUAAUUUCCUUUGGGAGAUAUACAAUUUAAAUAUUAAGAAUGUAAACGUGUACGAUCAAGAGAUAUUCAAGGAUCUCAUAAUAAAGAAUGUAAACAUAUUAACGGACGCCGAACGUCUCGAACUGUCAAUGGGCGAAACGAUAAGUAAUAAUAAAUAUUUCACAAGAUAUCUACAUUGUCCAUCAAAUUGUGGUGAUUGUACUCUUUAUUAUCCGAACACUACUAAGGACUUUGAUAAAAUUGAUUUGGAGAUCAUAUUUUAUAUCGUUGAGUUUCUCGGCUUUUGCGCUUGGAUGUUCGUCACGGGGAAAGGAGCUUUGAUUCCAGCAAAUCCCAACAAUGGGGUUGCUAAAUGGCGAGGAAGGUAUUAUGCUUUCAGUUCUGCAACAGCUGCUCGUCAUUUUGGAAAGGAACCAGAUAAGUGUUCUCCAAUUCGUUGCAGAUACGUUCACGAGGCUCUAAAUUUUGUAAGGGAUCACAUAGAGUACAUUUAUCUAUUUCAAAUGUAUGAGGAUAUCGAAACUAUGAAAACUAAGGAGUUAACAGAAGAUGAAUUAGAAUUAAAGACUUGUCAGGAUCAGACAGUUCAAACCGAUACGCAUAUUUUACCACCAUCAAUGGAUAAUACAAAUAACGUUUGGAAUGUUUGGGAACUUAGAAAAAGAGCUCUCUCUUUGGCGAAAAUAGUAAAGUGUGCGACGAAAAGCACGCAGACUUAUAUAUCACACUUUAGAAGCGGUGCCUGCGUGCAAGCAGCACCACCAAAGGACAAGGAAGUUCAAACUAAACGGGAUAACUAUAUGAACACGAAGAAACUUCUCACUUAUAUUUUUGGAUUACGAGGAAGACGCGACAACAACCAACACGUUCUAUCUUUCCUGGAAGAGGAAUUUGUUGAACACUUAUAAAGCGAAACACUUAGACCUCCUUUUUCAAUUUUAUUUCUUUUUUUCUUUUUCUUUUUUAUUUUUUUCCUUUUUUUUUCCUUUAUCGUAAUAAAACUUACACCAAAUAGGUAUGUAAAAGAGCGUUGGCGUUUCAAUACAAAACUGAUAAAAAUUCGUCAUCGUCGUAGCCGUCGUCAUCGUCGUCGUCGUCGUCGAUUGAUUGAUUGAUUGAUCGAUUGACUUUAUCGUUUAUUAAAAAUUACGGGGUAAGAAGGUAAAUUAUAAUAACGUGGAAAUAAAUGUGAACGAGAAAUAUUUUUAUAAAAAAGAUGAAAGCAGUACUUUUUAAUGACACGUUUUUUUUAAAUACAUUCACGGAACAGUACGUUGUCUCGAGCCAUGUUUCCUCUUAAAGAGAGAAAAAAAAGAGAGAGAGAGAGAGA